ACGCAAAUUUAAUCAUUUUUCAUACGCUUACAGAACCUAACUCUGCAUUCAUUUUAAUUCUUCAUUUUCCCUCUUUCUACGAAUAGUAUAACUUUCUUGUGAAGGUUUUCGAAUUCAGAACCUGAAAUUCGCUCUCGAUUAUUCAAUGGCUGCGAUUUGUAGACAUAUGCGCCAAUUAUCUGGUUUAAGAGAAUUAGGGAUUUCGAGAAUAGCACAAUCAUCGUCUUCGCUUCAAAUUCAAACUUCAAUUUUCGAUCCAUAUCUUUCAUUUUCAGCUUCAACCACAAGAUCUUUUUCUCAAUCUCAAUUGGUCAAAUCCAAUGGCAAACACUUGUUCCUCGUUGACACAUUGGCUCUUGUUAGGAGAUUAGAAGGGCAAGGAGUGCCUUCAAAGCAAGCUGAGGCUAUAACUGCUGCUAUAACUGAAGUCUUGAAUGAUAGUCUUGAAAAUGUUUCUCAGGCUUUGGUAUCCAAAGGAGAAAUGCAGAAAACUGAAAUGAUUCAAGAGUCCAACCUGUCUAAAUUCAAAUCAGAAGUGCAGAGCUCACAGGGGCACCAUUUUUCACUGUUGCAACAUGAAACUGAAAAGCUUAGGAAUGAUAUAGAGAAGAUGCGCAGUGAAUUGAGGUAUGAGAUGGACAAAGUCACUGCUGGGCAGCGAUUGGAUUUGAACCUUGAAAGGGGGAGAACUAGGGAGGAACUGUCAAAUCAGAGUGCUGAAACUAACAACCUGACCAACAAACUUGAUAGGGAGAUUCAUUCUUUAAGAGCACAACUGGAAGCAGCUAAAUAUGAGGUCAUAAAAUACUGCAUAGGAACACUUGUUUCAAUCUCUGCCGUUGGGCUUGCUGUUCUCCGCAUCUUGAUGUGAACAGGGUGUCUGGUGUCUCAGUUAACAAUGUAAAACCAGGUGCAAAAGAUCAAGAUUAGCUAUUUGGAAGAUGUUGUAUGUUCUGUUGGAAACAAUCGCAAAUUUACAGUACAUAACUAGUGGAGCUGAAGGAACUAGCUCCCCAUUAGGCAAAGUUGGGCCUUUUUUUUAUGCCCUAUUCUUUCUACAAUUUCCUUUCGUGUAUUCAUUCGCCAUGCUUGUGGCAUAUUUGCACGUGAUGAUAGUAUGGGAUAAACACACGCAUCUUAGAGGCCUGGAUUAUUAUCUACUUCAGUUUAGCAGAUGAAUCUAGAUUCUAUGUAUUUGCAUGCUUUACAUAUAUGAAGUUAUGAAUUGAACACACUCAAUAUAAUUUCUUCGUUUCUUUUGCCCA